UGUGGCUAGAGUCACAUAGGUGUCACAAUGGUACAGUCUGCCCCCAUCCGCGGAAAUCCAGUCCCUGCAGAUGAUCUGGUGGGAAUGUUAUGAAGACAGGUUUUAAGCCAAUUAUCAUAUGCGAGCAAGCAUUUCACAGUCUACAAUUAGGUGUGGAUUUAAAGCACACAUUGAAGAGCUGUUGAAUCACCAUCUCUGGAAAAUGGAUCCAGGAUACUUAUUACAUCUCGCUAUUUGAAAUACGUCUCUACCUCUCACUCACUGGCUUUCAUUGUACCAUCAAUAACAUACCAGGCCGACGACGACUGCUAACUAGCUAGCGGGUAUUCCUAGCCACCUAGCUAACAUACUGGUUUCCCCAUUCUUUUCUCAGAUGUCCACAAUGACCACUAAGGUCUUGCAUGCUCCUCCUACACCUAGCCCUGCCUCUUCGUGAUUGAACAGCUGCUGACUGACCAGAGAGGUGAUAUCUGUCUGUGUGGCCAUGACUUAAAGACGUCAUCAAUCAAAGAUGGAGAAAAAGAAAAUGUGCCCCCGUCUGCUGGACUACCUGGUGGUGGUCGGAGCCAGGCAGCCCAGCACUGAUACCGGGUCCCAGACCCCCCAGCUCCUUCGUCGCUACCCGCUGGAGGACCACCCGGACUUCCCCCUGUCCCCGGAUGUGGUCUUCUUCUGUCAGCCUGAGGGAUGCCAGAGCAUCCGGCAGCGCCGGGUCAGCCUGCGUGACGACACCUCCUUCGUAUUCGCACUCACUGAUAAAGACUCGGGCAUCACGCGCUACGGCAUCUGCGUCAACUUCUACCGCUCCUUCCAGCGUGGGGGGCACCGCCGUGACAAGGCAGGUAGUGGUGGAACGGCGGCACAGACAGCGGAAGCGACCAGCGAGGGUUCCGAUGGCAGCGGUGGCUGCCCCACUGCCUCCACGUUGCCGACACCUGCCAGUGCCGACACAACCGCCACGUCCACGCCAGGCACAGAGCCGGGACCGCCCGGUGGUGAGCCAAAUGCCGGCAGGUCCCCUCGGCACAAACGCAGCACUGGCAAAAUGGUCAAUAGGAACCGCGACAGCACACUGACCUCGCUGUGCAUGAUCAGCCACUACCCCUUCUUCUCCACCUUUAGGGAGUGCCUGUACAUCCUCAAGAGAAUGGUGGACUGCUGCAGUCACAGGUUGACCCAGCGCGUCGGCCUGCCACGCGGAACUCAGAGGGACACCAUGUGGCGCGUGUUCACGGGGGCCCUGUUGGUUGAGGAGAAGGGCAGCCAGCUGCUGGCUGACCUGCGGGAGAUCGAGUCCUGGGUCUACCGCCUCCUGCGCUCUCCGGUGCCCGUGGCGGGCCAACGGCGCGUAGAUGUGGAGGUGCUGCCCCACGAGAUGCAGCCGUCACUCACCUUUGCCCUGCCUGACAACUCUCGCUUCUCCAUGGUGGACUUUCCCCUGCACCUGCCCCUGGAGUUGCUGGGUGUGGAUGCCUGCCUCAUGGUGCUCAGCUGCAUCCUGCUGGAGCACAAGGUGGUCCUCCAGUCGCGGGACUACAAUGCCCUGACCAUGAGUGUCAUGGCGUUUGUAGCCAUGAUCUACCCCCUGGAGUACAUGUUCCCUGUCAUUCCCCUACUGCCCACCUGCAUGGCCUCCGCUGAACAGCUUCUCCUUGCCCCCACCCCUUACAUCAUAGGUGUGCCUGCCAGCUUCUUCCUCUACAAAUCCGAUUUCAAAAUGCCCGACGACAUUUGGCUCGUGGACCUGGACUGUAACAAGGUCAAAGCACCCACCAAUGCAGAGCACCUACCCCCUCUUCCCGAGCCAGAAUCCACAGAACUCAAGAAACACCUGAAACAGUGUCUGGUUAGGUUGACCGUGAUCACCCAAAAGCAGAUCUUCUCCUCUGACAAUAAGGCCCUGGCCAGCAUGAGUCUCAACACCCAGCCCAUUCUGAACCUGGAGAAGUUCCAGGAGGGCCAGGAGUUACCCCUGCUCCCCCCCGGCCAGAACAAGGCGUCGCCCUCCUCCACAGAGUUCAACCCUCUCAUCUACGGCAACGACGUGGACUCUGUGGAUGUGGCCACCAGGGUUGCCAUGGUGCGGUUCUUCAACUCCCCCAACGUGCUCCAGGGUUUCCAGAUGCACACACGCACGCUGCGCCUCUUCCCCCGGCCUGUGGUGGCUUUCCAGGCCACGUCCUUCCUGGCCUCGCGGCCCCGCCGCUCAGGCUUCGCUGAGAAGCUGUCGCACACCCAGGCCGUGGAGUACUACGGCGAGUGGGCUCUCAACCCCACCAACCUGGCCUUUCAGAGGAUCCACAACAACGUGUAUGAUCCAUCUUUGAUCGGAGACAAGGGCAAGUGGUACGCCCACCAGCUGCAGCCGGUGUUCUACCGCGUGUACGACGGCAGCUCCCAGCUGGCCGAGGCCAUGAGCGGACCCCUAGAGGAUGAGGCUAAUGACUCGGACCCCACAGACGACAGCAGCGACAGCGAGGCUGGCUACGACGACUCCAGCUCUUCCUACUCGUCACUUGGAGAUUUGGUGAACGAAAUGAUCAAAUGUGACAUCCAAGGGGACGCGCCAAACCUGGAUCCCCCUACCCACGCUGCACUGGGAGAUGCCAGCGAAGUGGAGUUCCAGGACUUCCAGGAGUUCAAGGGAGAGGGUCCCCUCCCUCAAGAGAAGGCACUGCCCGAGGGGGGCGAUGGACCUCCUGAACCUUCUGAUGGACAAGCCCUCCGCUCGAGCUCCAGCACAACCGCCAGCUCCAGCCCCAGCACAAUCAUCCAGGGAGUCAACAAUGAGCAGGCAGAACCAGUGGAAAUGGAGGCGUUGGCCAGUGCAGCUCUACAGAACCCUGUCCCGGGAUUGGGCGUUCCGACCUUCUCCAGACCUCCUCCAGACGCUGCCCCUGUGGGACCAGCCAAUAAGAAGGGAGAGUAUGACAACCCCUACUUUGAGCCUCAGUAUGGCUUCCCUGCUGAGGAGGACCCUGAGGCAGAAGACCAAGAGGAGACGUACACGCCCCGGUUCAACCAGAACCUCAACGGCAACAAAGCCCAACGCCUCCUGAGGCCCAGCAGCCUAAAGCUGCCCGGAGAGUCAGACGGAGAGGGCGACUCCCGCAACAGUUCUCCAAAUUCCACCAUCUCCAACAACAGCAGCGAUGGCUUUGGGGGCCUCAUGUCCUUUGCUAGUAAUCUGUACAAGAACCACGGCACCAGCUUCAGCCUCUCCAACCUGUCUGUACCCAAUAAGGGGGGGCUGAGGGAGAAGACCGCUGGGGCUGGGCCCUUCCCCAAUCUCAAAGUAUUUGGACUAAAUUCUCUAAUGGAGAUAAUUACAGAGGCCGGCCCGGGGAGCGGAGAAGGAGGCGCCCGCGGUCCCCCCAGAGCCCUCGUUGACCAGAAGUCGUCGGUCAUUAAGCACAGUCCCACGGUCAAGAGAGAGUCCCCCUCUCCCCAGGGUCGUGCCAACAAUACCAGUGAGAACCAGCAGUUCCUGAAGGAGGUGGUGCAGAGCGUGUUGGAGGGCCAAGGCGUGGGCUGGCUCAACAUGAAGAAGGUGCGCCGCCUGCUGGAGAACGAGCAGCUACGCGUCUUCGUGCUGAGCAAGCUGAACCGGGCCGUCCAGUCAGAGGAGGAUGUCAGGCAAGAGGUCAUCCGUGAUGUGGAGAUUAGCAGGAAGGUGUACAAGGGCAUGUUAGACAUACUGAAGUGCAGCGUGUCUAGUCUGGAACACUCAUACACCAAUGCCGGGCUUGGAGGCAUGGCCAGCGUCUUUGUUCUACUGGAAAUAGCACGCACCCACUACCAAACCAAAGUAGACCCAGAGAAGCGCAAGCGGAGCCCCAGUGACUCUGCAAGCAGCCCGGGCAGCAAGGGGAGCCCGUCUCCCCGCAUGGAGGGCACCAAGCCCCCAGGGCUCCUUCCGGUUCCCCGUCUCCAACUGCCGCACCCCACCUCCGGGGGCAAAGGCACCCGCCACUUUGACACCCGGAGUCUGAACGAGGAGAAUUUUAUUGCCUCCAUUGAAUUGUGGAGCAGGCACCAUGAAAAGGAUAAGCAAAAAGCUAUGGAAAAACAACAGAGAGCGGAGGGGGCUAAAAAACAGCACCCUGAGCUGACCGACAUGGAGGAGAAGAAGUCCCAGAUCAGUGCUGACAGUGGCCUCAGCAUCACCUCCGGAUCCCAGAAGAGUGACACAGAGUCUGUGACCAGCACUGAACCGCCAGUCCUUACCCGAAGCACCAGCCAGGACUCAGAGGCCAGCACAGUGAUAAGUAACAGCUCAGGGGAGACGCUGGGAGCUGACAGUGACUUGAGUAGCACCGCUGGAGAGGGCUUGGGUGGCAGGCAAGCCCCCCACCUCAACCUUUCCAGGGGAACACUGUCCGACAGCGAGAUUGAGACCAACCCGGCCACCAGCUCAGUGUUUGGUAAGACCCAAAAGAUGAAGCCUGGUGUGAAGGAGGCGAACGCUAAACUUGUGCCUGUCCUGGCUAAGGGGCCUCCCGCCCAGCAUUUGGAGGACAUAAGCAUGAGGAUUUACCUGUGUGAUGGCCUGCUGGGGCGCGACAAGAGCUCCAUGUGGGACCAGCUGGAGGAUGCUGCCAUGGAAACCUUCUCUCUGAGUAAGGAGCGCUCUACACUGUGGGACCAGGUCCAGUUCUGGGAGGAUGCUUACUUGGAUGCUGUCAUGUUGGAGAGGGAGGGGAUGGGUAUGGACCAGGGACCUCAAGAGAUGAUUGACAGAUACUUGUCACUCGGGGACCACGACCGUAAGCGCCUGGAGGACGACGAGGACAGGCUGCUAGCUACUCUACUGCACAAUAUGAUCGCCUACAUGCUAAUGGUUAAGGUGAGCAAGAAUGACAUCAGGAAGAAGGUGAGGCGUCUGAUGGGGAAGUCCCACAUCGGCCUCAGCCACAGCCAGGAGAUCAAUGAGUGUCUGGACAAACUGGCUAAUUUGAAUGGCCGCGAGCUGUCCAUCAGACCGAGCGGAAGCCGCCACAUCAAGAAGCAGACCUUCGUGGUGCAUGCUGGGACAGACACCACGGGGGACAUCUUCUUCAUGGAGGUGUGUGACGACUGCAUAGUCCUGCGCAGCAACAUCGGCACAGUGUAUGAGCGCUGGUGGUACGAGAAGCUCAUUAACAUGACCUACUGUCCCAAGACCAAGGUGCUGUGUCUGUGGAGACGCAAUGGCCAGGAAACUCAACUCAACAAGUUCUACACCAAGAAGUGUCGUGAAUUGUAUUACUGUGUGAAGGACAGCAUGGAAAGGGCUGCUGCACGACAGCAGAGCAUUAAACCAGGUCCAGAGCUGGGUGGAGAGUUCCCUGUGCAGGACAUGAAGACGGGCGAGGGAGGACUGCUGCAAGUCACCCUGGAAGGCAUCAACCUCAAAUUCAUGCACAGCCAGGUUUUCAUAGAGCUGAAUCACAUUAAAAAGUGCAAUACUGUGAAGGGAGUCUUUGUCCUGGAGGAAUUUGUUCCUGAAACUAAAGAAGUGGUGAUCCACAAGUACAAGACACCCAUGGCACACCAGAUCUGUUACUCCGUCCUCUGCCUUUUCUCCUACGUGGCUGCGGUGAAGGGGAAGGAAGCAGAAGGCAAGUCCAAGCUCCUAUCUCCAAGACCCCUGCCCAGCUAGUCUACGACCCAUCCAAUCUACACCCCCCUCCCACCCACACACACACACAAAACCCCCUGUGCCUCUCACUCUGCAACAAAGUGGAAUCUCGGUCCUACUAUGACAUUGAGUUCUGACAAUCCUUGACCUACUUAAGCACACACCUCUACUCCUCUUUGCACCCUGUAAGUACAUCUCCAAGAGAUACCCUCUACUCUUUGUGCAUGGCCCUGUAAGUAAAAUCCUGUGUGUGUGUGUGUGUGUGUGUGUGUGUGUGUGUGUGUGUGUGUGUGUGUGUGUGUGUGUGUGUGUAUAAACUAAGCAAAAAAAGAAACGUCCUCUCACUGUCAACUGCGUUUAUUUUCAGCAAACUUAACGUGUAAGUAUUUGUAUGAACUUAACAAGAUUCAUCAACUGAGACAUAAACUGGACAAGUUCCACAGACAUUUGAAUAACAGAAGUGGAAGUGUCCCUGCACAAAGGGGGGGGGGUCAAAAUCAAAAGUAACAGUCAGUAUCUGGUGUGGUCCCCAGCUGCAUUAAGUACGGCAGUGCAUCUCCUCGUGGACUGAGCCAGAUUUGCCAGUUCUUGCUGUGAGAUGUUACCCCACUCUUCCACCAAGGCACCUGCAAGUUCCCGGACAUUUCUAGGGGGAAUGGCCCUAGCCCUCACCCUCCGAUCCAAACAGGUCCUAGACGUGCUCAAUGGGAUUGAGAUCCUGGCUCUUCGCUGGCUUUGACAGAACACCGACAUUCCUGUCUUGCAGGAAAUCACGCACAGAAUGAGCAGUAUGGCUGGUGGCAUUGUCAUGCUGGAGGGUCAUGUCAGGAUGAGCCUGCUGGAAGGGGGUACCACAUGAGGGAGAAGGAUGUCUUCCCUGUAACGCACAGCGUUGAGAUUGCCUGCAAUGACAACAAGCUCAGCCCGAUGAUGCUGUAACACACCGCCCCAGACCAUGACGGACCCUCCACCUCCAAAUCGAUUCCGCUCCAGAGUACAGGCCUCGGUGUAACGCUCAAUCCUUCGACGAUAAAUGCAAAUCCGACCAUCACCCCUGGUGAGACAAAACCGCGACUCGUCAUUGAAGAGCACUUUUUGCCAGUACUGUCUGGUCCAGCGACGGUGGGUUUGUGCCCAUAGGCGACGUUGUUGCCGGUGAUGUGUGGUGAAGACCUGCCUUACAACAGGCCUCCAGCCUCUCUCAGCCUAUUGCGGACAGUCUGAGCACUGAUGGAGGGAUUGUGCGUUCCUGGUGUAACUCAGGCAGUUGUUGCCAUGCUGUACCUGUCCCGCAGGUGUGAUGUUCAGAUGUACCGAUCCUGUGUAGGUGUUGUUACACGUGGUCUGCCACUGCAAGGACAAUCAGCUGUGUGUCUUCACUCCCUGUAGCGCUGUCUUAGGCGUCUCACAGUACAGACAUUGCAAUUUAUUGCCCUGGCCACAUCUGCAGUCCUCAUGCCUCCUUGCAGCAUGCCUAAGGCACAUUCACUCAGAUAAGCAGAGACCCUGGGCAUCUUUCUUUUGGUGUUUUUCAGAGUCCGUAGAAAGGCCUCUUUCGUGUCCUAAGUUUUCAGAACUGUGACCUUAAUUGCCCACCGUCUGUAGGCUGUUAGUGUCUUAACGACCGUUCCACAGGUGCAUGUUCAUUGUUUAUGGUUCAUUGAACAAGCAUGGGAAACAGUGUUAAACCCUUUACAAUGAAGAUCUGUGAAGUUAUUUGGAUUUUUACGAAUUAUCUUUGAAAGACAGGGUCCUGAAAAAGGGACGUUUCUCUUUUUGCUGAGUUUAUAUAUGCAUGUAAGUCGCUCUGGAUAAGAGCGUCUGCUAAAUGACUUAAAUGUAAAUGUAUAUGUGAACCCUGGUCUGUGGCAUCGUGCGUAAAAUUUCCCAACCCAGGUCACGUCCUCUAGACUCCUCCCAUACAGGCCCAGCCUGAGGCCUUGGCCGUACACGUGCUUGUUCUUCAAGGGGAGACUUGGUCCGUCCGUCCCCCAUCUCUGUCCCCUCUUUGUGACUGUCCUCUUGUCCUGGCCUGCUGCCAAGGUCUCAUUGGUUGUUUUUAAUGGGAUGGAGACGGUGAGGGGGAGGGAUAUGUGAGGCACAGCCCUGCAAGUCGAUAAGAAAGCAACCAAACCUCCCUGCCCACUCUGCGACUGUGUGAUGAAUAUUCUAUGUGCUAUGUGGUAUUACUGUAAAACUCCAGUCUGUCCCAAGUCCAAACCAGUGAAAUGUUUAAAAAGCACUCUAGUACUGACGGGUGUCACUUUGUUAAAUACUACUACUGUUAAAUACUACUACUGUAUGGUGCAUCAAACACUGCAUGUAAAAGCUUUUUAAAGGUUUCGUUCCUUUUGAUCACAAAAUGAUAUUGUGUGGUCCAAGAUGCGCGUAUCUCUUUAGCUUGCCCGGUGAGGCUAAACUACUGUAGUUCUACUGUCAAAUUUCUUGUCUGUGGUCCUCUUUAUUGAAUUGCAUGUUACCAUGGAGAAAAAAAUAUUUGAAGAGAAGCAGAAUGCUGUACAUUUCACCAUAAAAUGUUUUACAAUGUGUGGUUUAUUCACUAGAUGUGCAAUACUUUACAUAGUUAGCCAGAGCCAGAUCAUUGUUCUGAUAAAACAUCUCGGCUAUUCUGGCUUUCAAAGUGCAAAGAAUGUAAAAAAAAAAAAAAAAAAAAAAUGAAAAGGACUUCCUUGUCUUACAUAUUUAUUGAAGUGAAUAAAUGAUGACCUCUUGUUUAUAAGUGCAAAAUCACUAUUUGGAGAUUCUAAACCUACUGCUGCGCUAUCAAGCCCUGCUGUUAUGGUUUUGUCCAUUAAGUCUUCAUGUUGUGUCAGUACUGUGGUAAGAGAAAUAAAUACAUUCUAGCCCCAUUUCAGCCCAACUGUAAAUCCCACAGUUUGAGUGUGUACAUGCAGUGUAUUGUUUUGCCAGAUCAGCAAUAUAUGAAUAAUACAGCUAUGUGAUCAGGAUAUUGUUUUUAAUGUUUAAGUGGCUUUUAUUUUUUAGAGAGGAAAUGCUUGUGUAAGGAACAUAGUUACAAAUACCAUGAGGCAAUUAUUUAAGGCAUUUCAUUAUUGACAAUAAAAACACUGGUGUAAAUAUGAGGGUCUCAAAACAGUUUGAAGACUAGGUAUAGUUUCUUAGACUAGUUACAUAUGAGAACCUUAAGAAACGGGAGUAUUUGAAACCAACCAACCCUAUUAUUGUGGUAGCUAGCCUGCUGCUGUGGUGAAAGUGAUGGAAUAAUUGAAAUGGGUGUGAAAAAAAGUAUUUAUAGAACAUGUACAGCUUUGGCAAUAUCAAAAUAAAAGUUGUCAAAACUAAA